AUGGAUCAACAUGCCAGCCCCAAUAAAAGAGGAGAUAGCAUGAAUGUAUUCAGCCAAGCAGAAUAUUACCCAAUGCCGAGUGAAUCCAAGAUCAGCUAUUCACGAAGAAAUAAUAAUAAUCUGAUAAUCCGCACAGACUUGCAUGCACUGAUCGUUAAGCUAACAUCUCCGGUGGAUUCUAUAGACUAUCCGUUUUUGUCUGAUUUUUUUCUGUCCUAUAGAAAAUUCAUAGCUCCGGAGGGCCUACUAAAGCUCUUAGAGAGCAGACUUAAGUGGGCUUUCAAUGAAUGCAUGUGCACAGAUGGUGACCGACAGAAGAUUGGCAAGGUGGCGUCAGUACGAACGUUUGUGCUACUCAGACACUGGCUCCUCAAUUACUUCGCCCAGGAUUUUUUGGCAAAUGCGCCUUUAAGACGACAAUUUGUUCGAGCAGUUAAUGCACUGCGCUGGGAUGAAUCACUCAAUACUCCAAAACUCAUUCAUGGUAUUGUGGUCAACAUAAAAAAAUCAUGGGUGUUUUGCCUGAAGCUUAUGUGGGAAGAUGUAGCCGAAAGCCAUUGCCCACAAAGUGCUGAAGAAUGGCUCGAUUUUAAAAUUCAAAAUAUUGAGUCAGAAACCUUCGCAGGUAAUAACGGCAAAAGACUUAGCCUCUACGCUCUACAGAGCUCACAAAAUCCAGAGUUCCGAAACCGCAGCGUUUUGUCGUUAUACACUGGCCAAGAUAAGUUCCAACUUCCAGAGUCAAAUACCAACAUGAAUGCUAAGGUGGGCUUUAAAACCAAAGAUCGGACGGCCAGCAUGUUUCUAUUUCCUCAGGACAACUUGCUGUCAGCAAAAGUGAGGGCCUCAGGCGAAGACGGUAAUCAAAAACCCGGGAAUACUGGCCUCGUUGUACCCAAUAGCACUAGCGUGUCGAACGUAAUCAAAGAUCUGCAUGUUCCCCCAACCCCUUCUGUGGACAAAGUUAUACCGCCCACACCGGCCAAAGAUGUUGAGUUUAUUCUUAGGUCUUCAUUUCUUCCGUCACAGGGCCCAAAAAAAGAUAAUAUCACUGCCAAACACAGCAACCCAGCUCCCGGGAUGAUGGGGCUUCUUUCCAAGUGGAGGCGAAAUCACAAUAUUCGGUCAGCAAACUUGAAAUUAAAAGAACAAUCACCUAGCCUUGAAAUUGAGAAUUUCAUCAAGCUAGUAUUUUCUAUAACCUCUCUCGAAAACAGGGAAGAAGAACAGAGUAAGCCUGUAGUCAGUGAUUCUGCCAAAUUUGAUAUUCUAAGUGCGAGGACCAUUGAUGAGGUAGAAUUCUUCAUUACUGUCGAAAAUGAGCUGCUUUCGAAGGUCUGUAAGCACGAUGGUGGGCCCCCAUUUCAAGAGCAAGUCCCUUUUAGUCGGUCGCCGAGUAGCGUCGAAGGUGUGAGUGUUAUGGAUAACUUGAAUCUUUAUAAAACAGUUAGUCACAUUGCUUCAUCCGUUGUCUCACUGUCAAAAACUUCACAACAACAUCAGCUCACUUCACCGUCUUUUGCGGCUAGAGAAAGGCGAUUGGUGAACAGUACUGAUUGUUUCUUCAGAAAUGAUAAAUCUGCCCCGAGAGUUUUGGGAGGACCUCUGCGAUCAAAUACAAAGUCACCCGUGGACAUCGAAGAUCGGCCCCGGAAACUGGUUUUUCACGAGACAAGAAGAGACGGGCCCAUGAUAAGAAAUGAACCCAGCUCACAAAUUGGCACAGACAAUCGAAACAUAACAGGGUUAGGUAUAUCUGAUGCUCAAAUGGUCCCCAAUUUCUCUAGCGAAAGACGAAUAUCACCAUCUCGGCCCAUGCGGAUAUCAUCUAGCAUUGCUGAGGUUGAUGACACCUUCUCCCAACAAAAUCAAUUCCCAACCUUAGAUAAUAGCAAUCAUGAGAUUGCUGCUAUUGACGACUUUCCAAUCGUCAAGAGGAAGGAGGGCGUGCAAAAUUUACGAGAGUUCAAUUUUGAAGAAAGUACUGAAUCGGGCAUCGAAAGAAAAGAAAUCUUCUCCAGUCCAAUUGAACCCCAGUCUGGAGAAGAUGCCAUUCAAGCUUCAAAUGGACCGCACGAUUUGGGUGAUGGCAGUGAUUUAGAUGAGGAUACUUCUAGCUUUUUCACCUCCAAUGAUGAAAUCAGCAUACGUGAGGAAUCCAAGCACUUUACUCCUGCAUCUUCCAUGGGCCAAAGGUCCGUUACCAAUAGCAGUGGUCGUAUUAGUAUCAUGGGGCAUAGCAAUCGGAGCCAUGGUAGAUCACCAUCAACCGAUCAACACAACUUCACGGUCAAGUGUGAUGCCUAUUCAAAGCUAGAAAAUGUUUUACUGCUUAACGAAGAAAAGGUCCGUAAUUUACAAGUAGAGACUGGUCGACUAGCAACUGCAAGCGAAGAGCAAAAUGAGCUUAGAGAGUCUACCUCUUCGUUGGUUUCAUCGGUACCUACCGAAAAGUUAUUCUUACCUAAGGACUCAAGUCCGCGCACAACACUCGCAAAGGACAAUCAAGUCGGGGAACCCUUAACUUUUGAAAGUAAAGUUAUUCGCUUGUCAUCAGUUCCGAGCAUCCGCUCCAUUGUUAGCGGUGAAUCAAUUACGUCUUUACAGAGCGCGGGAACGUUUGAUAAACAAGAUGGCAAAGUCAGCCGAACUUCUGGCUGCCUUGAUUUCGUUCAAAUCAACAAUUCAUCUCUAUCGGCUCCUGAUGGUGCUGGCCCGGAUACCAACAAGUAUCUUUUCUCACCUGACUCAGAGAGUGUGGACUAUGCCUCGCCAGAAAAGAACGUUAAUAAUCUUAGAAACAAGUUUAUCGGCUUUAGGGGUAGCCAAACGCAAUCUGAUGGCGAGCUGAAAACCAACGAAGCUGAUGAACAAUUUGAGGAACAACAUUUAGACGAACUUUAUCAAGAAAAACACGAAAACGAGCACCAUAGGCGCACUGUAACACCGAUAGUUUCACCUUACAAAGGUGAGGAUAGCCGCAUGAACAAGUUCGCCGCGAUCACAGACGAAUCACUUCACGGAGAUCCCAUUAAUGUGGCCUUAAUGAAGCUUGAGGGAACGUUCCACCGUCAACAACCCAAAGCAGAAGAAGAAAAUGUUCAAAUAGAAGAAUUAUGUCGCAGGAGGCUAUCCGAUUUGACAACAAAACAACGAAACUCUUUCUUAAUCACAAGGCGGCGACAGGUUAAGAGCGAACUGCCAGCUCAUUCAAAUGUCGUUACUGUCGAUGCAGACUCAAGAGCUACCGAGGUAAAAGUUACAGAAUUAUUACAAAAAUACCGGUUACAGGACAAUAGACUGCUUGUCUCAAAUGCCGACCAACAUAUCCCUUUCAUUUUGAUGUACGACUCCAAAUCAAUAGCCGAACAACUGACACUUAUAGAGAGGGAAAUUUUGAAGGAAAUCGAUUGGAAAGAUUUGCUUGAUCUUAAAAUGAGUCGUAAAAGUCCAACUGUCACAAGUUGGCUUCAGUUGUUGUUGAAAAAUGUCGAGCUAUCUGGGAUUGAUUUGGCUAUCGCUAGAUUUAACUUAACGGUGGAUUGGAUUGUUUCUGAGAUUGUCCUGACUACCGAUAAUAGGCUCCGGAGAAAUACUAUUCAAAGGUUCAUUCACGUUGCUGAUCACUGCAAAAAGUAUCAAAAUUACAAUACUCUGAUGCAAAUUGUACUCGCCCUGAGCUCCCUAGUUGUACAAAGUUUUAGAGACGCAUGGAGGCUCAUUAAGCCUGGAGACGUUUUAAUUUGGGAGUCUCUCAAAAAAAUUCCGUCUUUGGAGAAAAACUAUCAUCACAUUCGGAUGCUUCUAAAUGAUAUUGAUCCUAUAAAGGGCUGCGUUCCAUUCAUUGUCGUGUACCUUUCUGACUUGACACUUAACUCCGAGAAGAACAAUUGGAUAUCACAGGAUCAAGUGCUGAAUUACAGUAAGUUCCAAACAAACGUUCAAAUAGUCAAAAAUUUCAUACAACGCGCUCAGUGGUCGAAAUUUUAUGACUUCAAGAUAGAGGAGGAAUUGUUAAGCAAAUGCGUUUACAUAAGUUGUCUUUCACAAGAUGAAAUAGCACAUGUUACGCAAAAUUUGCUUUAA